CAACAGUUAUCAAACAAAGGUUCUCUGUGUCUCCGUUGACGCAUUGGCACGAGAUUUAUCUCGGAAGAGACUGGAGUUUUCCUACAUGGAUGAACAAAGAAUCUGAAUCCACCUCCUUUUGGUUCCUUUUGCACGACGCGAAGUUUUUAACCUCAUCUUGGUACGACCAUGGCAGAAUCGUCGAAGGAAGACCUGUUCCAGCUGAUCAAACGGUUCGGGGCUUAUAUCUCUGUGAGAAUGUCCAAUUUCUUCCCGAUCUCUCUCCAGAACAUGGACCCACGAUCUGUUGGGGCUGUCACGGGGCUUGCUCUCGCAAUAGUGUUCACGUGGAGGCUCUUGAGAUCACCUAGUGAGCCUCAGAGAAGGCAACCAAAACGCCAAGCACCCUCUUCUAGUAGUUCUGUUGCAGGUGUUCAAUCAAGUGCAACAUCAGGACCUUAUGAAGUUUCACCACAAUCAGAGGAUCAUAGAGCACAAAAUGUUGUUGAUGAAUUAUUCCAGCCUGUAAAUCCAACGUUGGGGCAAAUUGUUAGGCAGAGAUUGAGCGAAGGAAGAAAGGUAACUUGUCGCUUGGUUGGAGUAAUUCUUGAGGAAAGUAAUCCAGAAGAGCUUCAGAAACAAGCAACUGUGAAGUCCUCAGUGUUGGAAGUUCUGUUGGAAAUCACGAAGUUUUGUGAUCUUUAUCUUAUGGAAAGAGUUCUUGAUGAUGACAGUGAAAGAAAUGUUCUUCUUGCUUUGGAAAAUGCAGGAGUAUUCACAUCAGGCGGUUUGGUCAAAGACAAGGUUCUUUUUUGUAGUACAGAGAUUGGACGCACUUCUUUUGUUCGCCAAUUGGAACCAGAUUGGCAUAUUGACACAAAUCCUGAAAUCGUUACGCAGUUAGCUAGGUUCAUCAAAUAUCAGCUUCACAUCUCUCCAACCAGACCACAAAGAACUGCGUCUAAUGUGUUCAGCUCUACAUCCUUGGAACAGUUCUUUGGAUCCCUUUGACUCUAAAACCAAGUCGAAGAUGCAAAUAUAAUUUAAACUUGUUGGCUUCUUCUGUAACAUUCAUCUGGCAUCCUCCACCAGUGGUAGUUGUUGUAUGUUUCUCCUUUGAUUCUAAUGGAAGCCUCAUUUGUUUGAAUUUGAAAUUUGUGCAAUAGCGUUGUCACUAUUUAACUAUAUGUGAACUGGAGUUUCAGUAAACGAGUCUGUUUGUAGUCUAGCCUAGUCAGAAGGAUACAUAAUCGUGGACAAUAAUUUUUGCAAUAGAGUAACCGAUCUGCCACUUGGCUUAUGAGGGUUC